UUUCUUUUUUUGUUGUUAUUGAUGAGAACCUUUUUGAGCGGAUUCAUGAGACUCGUUACCGGCAAAGUGUCCUCAGAAGGUUUUUCGAGCCUUUUCGUCCCAGUGGAGUGGGACCAGAGCGGCCGGAGCUGACCGCAUCCCUCUGGAAGACCGAGCGGACAGCAGCUGCGUAAAGAUGAAAUGUCAAAGAGUCCUCACCUACCUGAGGAUAUUUGGGACCACCAUGUUUGGUGUGUCCCUCCUGGUGGGCAUCUCCACCGCCUACAUCAUGGGCUACCAGUUCUUCACCACAGCACGCAACCAUCUGUCGUUCGGCCUGUACGGUGCCAUUUUGGUGGUCCACCUCAUCAUUCAAAGCCUCUUUGCACUCCUAGAACACAGAAACAUGAGGCGGUCCCUAGAAACGCCAAUCAAGUUGAAUAAAUCGCUGGCGUUGUGCAUUGCGGCGUAUCAGGAGGACCCCAACUACCUGAGGAAAUGCCUGGUGUCGGUGAAGAGGCUGACGUACCCGGGGAUCAAGGUUAUCAUGGUGAUUGACGGGAACUCGGACGACGACAUGUACAUGAUGGAGAUUUUUAAAGAGAUCAUGGGUUGGGACAAAGUGGCCACGUUCGUUUGGCGGAGUAACUACCACAACAGAGGUCCAGACGAGACCGACGAGAGCUACGCUGACAGCCUUCAGCACGUCUCCAGGGUCGUCCUCAACAACAAGUGUGUGUGCAUCAUGCAGAAGUGGGGAGGGAAGAGAGAGGUGAUGUACACCGCCUUCAAAGCACUGGGCCGGAGCGUCGACUAUGUUCAGGUGUGUGACUCCGACACGAUGCUGGACCCAGCGUCUUCAGUGGAGAUGGUGAAGGUUUUAGAAGAAGACCCCAUGGUGGGAGGUGUAGGAGGAGAUGUUCAGAUUCUGAAUAAGUACGAGUCGUGGAUUUCCUUCCUGAGCAGCGUGAGGUACUGGAUGGCGUUCAACAUCGAGCGGGCGUGCCAGUCCUACUUCGGCUGCGUGCAGUGCAUCAGCGGGCCGUUGGGAAUGUACCGGAACUCUCUCCUACAUGAAUUCUUGGAGGACUGGUACAAUCAGACCUUCAUGGGAUCCCACUGUAGUUUUGGAGACGAUCGCCACCUCACCAACCGAGUCCUGAGCCUCGGAUACGCCACCAAAUACACAGCUCGGUCCAAGUGUCUGACGGAGACACCAAUCACGUACCUGCGUUGGCUGAACCAACAGACUCGGUGGAGUAAGUCGUACUUCAGAGAGUGGCUUUACAACUCCAUGUGGUUCCACAAACACCAUUUAUGGAUGACGUACGAGGCUGUGAUCACAGGGUUCUUCCCGUUCUUUCUCAUCGCCACCGCCAUCCAACUCUUCUACCAGGGAAGGCUCUGGAAUAUUCUGUUGUUCCUCCUGAUCGUGCAGGCGGUUGCGCUCAUCAAAUCCUCGUUCGCUAGCUGCCUCCGAGGCAACAUUGUCAUGGUUUUCAUGUCCUUCUACUCUGUACUGUACAUGUCCAGUCUGUUGCCGGCAAAGAUGUUUGCGAUAGCGACGAUCAAUAAGUCUGGAUGGGGGACGUCUGGGAGGAAAACCAUUGUGGUGAACUUCAUCGGGCUGAUUCCGAUAUCAGUCUGGUUCACGAUCCUCUUCAUCGGGAUCAUCUACACCGUAAUCCUGCAGACUAAAAAACCCUUCCCUGAAUCUGAGAAGCUUGUUCUGGUGAUUGGGGCGGUGGUCUACGCCAGUUACUGGGUCAUUCUGUUGACGUUGUAUGCUGUGCUCAUCAACAAAUGUGGGAAGAGGAAGAAGGAGACGCACUACGACAUGGUGCUGGAUGUAUGACUCCGUACAUUUACCACUGAACUCUUCAUGUUUUUGGGAAACAGAUGUUGCUCUGGAGGCAACGUUGGUUGAAAUCAGCUGAAAUGGGCAAAGAACUGGAGCUUCGCAAAACCAAACCACUUGAACGUCCAAAUAUGUACAUGGCAGCGGCUGCUUUUUGUACAUUCAUGACCAUAGCAUUCAUGAUGUUGGAAUAUCAGUAUGUGUAUGAGAGCUAAUUCGUACCCCGGCUAACGUAACAGGUGAAGGUCAUUGAGUGACAGAAGGUGGGAUGACCCCAUCACAUACAGUGUACUGCGAGAGUGCUAGGCUUUAUAAUAUUAGCUACCUCUUACCCAUGUCAUUUUCACUGGGCUUAAACAUAACAUUAGCAACUUCGCCAAAGAAACUGUGGAGGUUUAGCUUUGCCCAUUGAGGUUUUGCUCAACCAGUGAGAACAUCUACCUCCAUGGUAUCAUUGUGUCUCCGAAACCUUGGAACGCUCUGACCAAAAUAAAUCAAACAACAUGUUUCCUUUGGCAAAGGGAGGAAAAAGACCACCUCAUAGAUCGAUGCUGAGGUUUCAGUCAAACUACCAAAUAUCCACGUGUUCCCUGUUCACGGCGGCUGCUGUAAAGAGUAAAAUAAGCGCAAAAUAAACGGAACAUAUGGAACAGAAACAGGAACAUUUUGUAGGACGUAGAAGACGCGUCGAUUCGAUGGCUGAGGCGACAUGUUGGAUGUGAUUACUGUAAACUGUAGCGGGGUCGUCCACUGCAUCUGUCCAGUGACUUAAGUCAUUCAGGAACAUCUACAGCAUCAAUAAAACAAGCUGCAGAAAGGGUUAAAAGGCAAACCCGUCCUUCUACAUUUAACCCUUUUGGAGUUGAGAGUCAGAACAUAUUUAUUGAGACUCCACUGCAAAAAAGGGGUGUCCAAAAACAAGAUAAAAACACUAAAUCUGAGGACAAAUGGCCUCAAAACAAGUGAAAUGUCUGUCCAUGCAGCAAGAGAAUUUCACUGGACAAGAUUUCUUGAAUUCAGAUGUCGAAUCUAGAACAAAGCAGGUCUACAGAUGUAUGAACACUUAAAAUAUUAACUCUUAAAACAAGAUAAAUAAACUAGGGCCCAGUUUACACGACUACGCUCUCAGGUGAAAAUGACAAAAUAUUUGAUCAGAUGUGCCUUUUGUUUAGACGGCAACAGCGGGGGCUGAAAACGCAAAAAAGUGAAACUACCUUCCAGAGUGGAAAUCCUAAAAACACUCCACUCUGGCAUCACCGUCUAAAGGGUUAAAAACGCAAAACUGCGUUUUCACAUUGUGUAGAGUUUACAUCACAGGCACGCGCCAGUACAGGAAGAAGAGUAUUUCCCUUUGACGGACCUUCAAAUUUCCCUAGCCGCUCUAAUUUACAUCCAAGAGUCGUUUUAGCUAUUGUCAUAUUCUGUUUCCUGUUCUGUGAUUAUAUUUGGUUCUAAGAGAGAACAGGAAGAAAAGUAGAAUGGCUCUACGUAGGCUCUUGGUCUGGGUGGUGGUGCUGCCACCUGGUGUAUGUACUACAUCCAUAAAUAGGACAUUUCACACACUUUAGCGUGUCCGUCUUCUUGCAGAUAUUUCCCCAAAACACAUGUCUAAACUUGGAAUUCAAAGUGAGAACGCCACUUUUGCGUUUUCAGUUCAGAUCUUUACCGUCUAAAGGUAGCCUUAAUGUAAGUGUUUUUUUAUCUUGGUAAGAAGCAAAUAAUUGUCCCAAAUGUUGACGUAAAUGCACCGUAUGUUUGGAGCAUCGACGUUACAGUGACAGCUUGUCCAGAUGCCUCAUGGGUAAAGCCGACGGUACAGGUGGAAUGUGAAAACAAUCAGGUCGUGUAGAAUCUGAACCGUUGACAUAAAGAACUACACAUACGUUCUUUUCGGAUCCUUUAACCUUUAUUCCCAGAAGACGUGACUGCAGUAUUUUUCUCAGCGUUUACAAAGCGAUGAAUCUCAAAGUGAUCACUGAUUGGUAGAUGUAAUCUCCAUCGGAUCAGCUGAUCAGGUGAACAUGUGACCAGAGAGAUGGCGUUUACUUGCUGCUGUGACUGUUUUAUUUUUUACAGACAGUGACUUUUGUUUGACUUUUUUAUAUGAAUGAUAAAUGUAUGAUGCAAAAUGAUUUAACACUAUUUUUAUUAAUGUGUUUCUUUCUGUCGAGUCGAGUUAAAACCACCAAGUAAACAUAGCGAACGCGUUCCAAUCCAAAGAUUUACGAUUUAUAUCCUUCCAUGUGCCCUUUUCUCGUUUCCUUCAGACACAUGAAGAUGAUGUUUGUUCAUCUUUACUUCUUUACAUUUGCUAAAUUUAGUAACAGAUGACAGAAAACUCACCGUGUGCAGGAUAAAAAAAACUGCGACAGCGUAUUAGGGCCACGGAAGAAAAUAAAAACACUGUCACUAUGAGAAUAAACUUGUAAAAUAUCGAGAUAAAACCCAUAAUUUACAAGAAUAAAGACGUAAUAUUUUGAGAAUAAAGCCGUAGUUUUAAUAAAACUCAGAAUUUAACAAAAAUAAUGUAUUUUUAUGAGAUUAAAGCCAUAAUAUUUUAAAAAAUAAAUUCUCAAUAGUGUGAUAAAAAGUCAUCAUUUAUAAAUCUUAAACCUUAAUCCUUGUUGACAACAGUUUCCAGUUACAGCAAACGCAACAAACAAAGCAUCAACUUUCACUUCUGUUGGAGUGGACGACUAAUGCUAAUGUGUUGAUGGUGGGCAGGGCUAAUAGGCUCA